CAGCCAAUCGGCGGGCGCGGUGGCGGUGGAGCCUGGGAGCGAGGUACCCGAACUUGGAGCGGGGUCUGCUGGGUUGACUUGGGGGGCCAGGGGUCGCUUGUCACCGUGGGCUCGGUGGGGGCUGCCACUCCAGGGCCAGUGCCUGUGUCCACGGAGGGCUGGUGCCGGCUCGCGGGAGUGGCAGGAUGUCUAGUCUUUGGAAAGUUGGGUCCUGGCCUGUUUAGGCCCAGGGGCGGGGACAUCACAAAUUUGUUUUGUCCUCUGCUUAAAGACAGCCCACCUGUCAUUGGAAGGAAACUGAAACCUCUUCUGGCCGUCCGGUGACAGGGGCACAGAAUUUGAGACCAGAGGGAGAUGCGCUGAGGUUGGCUGUUCCCUUAAAGGGCCACUCAGAAGGGACCGCCAGGAAUGCCUGGAGUCCCAUUCCAGCCACUUGGAAAUGAAAAGUUAAGAAAAGAAAUGAGGCAGAAGGAAGUGUUAGCCAAGACCUUCCAAGGCCCAGCUGUUGUCUGUAGGACUCCAAACAGUCAUGUUUACAUGUUCAAGAAUGGCAGCGGGGACUCCGGGGACUCCUCCGAGGAAGAGUCACAUCAGGUGGUGUUACGACCCCGGGGCAAGGAACGCCAGAAGAACAGCAGCCAACCGCCAGGAACGGGCACCAUGGUGCUGCUGCAGCGGGAGCUGGCCCAGGAAGACAGUCUCAAUAAGCUGGCUCUCCAGUAUGGCUGCAAAGUCGCAGAUAUCAAGAAAGCGAACAACUUCAUCAGAGAACAAGACCUGUAUGCUCUGAAAUCGAUCAAGAUUCCAGUGAGAAAUCAUGGGAUCCUCACAGAGACCCACCAAGAACUAAUGCCCCUUGGGGCCUCCUCUUCCGAGACCAGGGUGACCCUGGUAGAACUGCCCGAAGAUGGAGACGCCUCUGGGGCAACUGCUCAGGGCAACCAGUUGACAGAGUUCUUCAAGGGCAUCGAUGAGAACAUUGAGCGGGCUGUGCAAUCUGAUGUCUUUCACAGUGACGGCUGUUGUGUGGAGGCCCCGGAUCAGCCGCUGCUCCCCAUAACCCAGAAGCCAGCAGCUGAUGGUGCGGACUGCGGGAUUCAGUGGUGGAAUGCUGUCUUCCUUAUGCUUCUCAUUGGCAUUGUGCUGCCAGUGUUCUAUCUUGUCUACUUCAAAAUACAAGCCACCGGGGAAACCUCAGAUAGUUUGAACACAACUGUUGUUCCCAACGGCUCGAUGACACUGAGCCCAGUUCCAGGGCAAGCCCCCAGGUUGGCAGUUGCAGUGCCUACCCUCCCCGCUUCAGACAACCAGGUCAGCCCAACCACUGAAGCAGGGGCCUAGGUUCAUUCUCUUCCUAGAGUUGUCAGGCUUUGACAAUUGGCCCUUGAUGUGUGUAACUGUCACCAUCUGAUUGCAGACGGCAUUGCAUCUUGCUUCCUGAGAUAUGUGGACACCGUGGCAAUCUGGAUUGUAUAGGCUUGGCCUAAUCCCAGGAUGCAGGAGCCCAGACAUCCACCACCCCAGCAAGAGAGACAUUGACAUGGAACUCGUGGCCAUUUCUUGAAGAUAUGUAGGGACCUGCGGUGAGCGCCUGUACAGCCAUUCUGUGCAUGCUCCUAAGGAGAAGGUGACGGGAUCUGCGGUGUUACUGCCCCCCGGUGUUGGAUGGGGUCAAAUGACUGUCACAGUGUCCCUGCCUGCUAAGGGGAAAGGUGGGCUCAGAGACAUGCCCUGUGUCUAGAUCAAGGUGCUAUGUAGUAUGUCACUGAGUCUGUCACAGUUGACAGCCUGACAGGUUUGCCUCACUUGGCCCCACUGAGGCAGUGCUGCUUCAGAAGUGAGGUAGCCCCAAAUCCAAACUGCCAUCCUUGGAUUUAAGCUACACCUCCCAGAGGCAGGCCAGGCAGCUCUCUGGGGCAGCUCCCCGGAUUCCCCCGGUUGGUAUCUGGGUUGCAGCUGUUACUAGCAAGUGGUUUGAAGGGAUUGCAUCCACCAUUAAGGUUCCAACACAUGGACCUCGGAAGCAAACUGGUUGCCAGCCCAGUGUUGUCAAGAACUGUGGGCCUCACCCCAACCCCUACCAUGAGUGCCCCUUCCUGCUGCCUCCUUGAUUCAUCCAUUCUUUGGGUCCUUAGAGCAAACUUGCAGGUGCUGCAUCUCAGUGUUAAAACCAGCACAGUGUCAGUCAGCUUUCUGUUACUGUAACAAAAUCUCCAUUGAUAAAGGUUUAUCUUGGCUCCUGGUACCAAUCCAUGGCCUGAUUUGGGGAGUGGGGGUGGGGGUGGGGGCUACAGUAAGAACAUCAUGGAGGAGAGUGUGUGAUAGAACAGAUUGCUCAUAUGACAGGUAAGAGAGAAGGGGAGACAAGGAGCUUGGGCGCAGGUAUCACCUUCAAAGUUCUGCCUGCAGUGAGCUAACUUCCUCCCACUAGGCCCCAUUUCUUAAAGGACUUCCCGACACAUUCCUUCCCAACACUGAGAUGAGGUCCAAGUCUUUAAGACAUUUGCCUUUGGGGGACAUAUCCAAACCCCUUCAAGGUAACCCUGACAGUGAAAAGCUGUAGAGAGGUAGAGGGCGACACCAGAUGCUGGAGGGUGCAGGAGGCUCAGGCUUUCCCUGAGGCAAUUAGCCAGCCAAGCCCUGUAGGGUGUAGGGGGAAGGGAGAAGCCAGCUUGCCUUGUCACAGCAGGAACAGGCAGAGCUUGCUGGAGCUGAGCCUCGGGCAGUCAGGUUAGCUUCUGUGACGGUUUGCAACUUGAUACAUAGGCCUAGAAAUCUGACCAGAGGAGAAGGAUAGUACAUGGGCCUCCUGUCUAAACUAUCCACCCAGGGUGCAAAUACCAAAUUUAAAUCGCCUUCAGAAUUAGUAUUUUUAGGCCAAAAAUGAACCCAUAAAUCUUGGUACAGUAAACAUCUUGAUAAUGUGAUUCCUAUCUAGAUGCUCAAGGCCAUUGUGGCAGUGAAAUUUCUCUUGAAUGUUGUCAUUAACUCCAUCAGGCAGGGCUCAGAGUCCGAUGGGAAAUAAUUUUUUGGCAGAGAAUGUCUAUAUUUUUUUCUGUAUUCUGUCUCAAGUUUGGGGACAAGCAUACAGCCCUGUGUGGAAUCCUAAGUAGAAUGUGACAAGGGAUCUGCAGUGACAGGGCUCCUGGGGUUGGAUGGGGUCAAAUGACUGUCAUAGUGUCCCUGCCUGCUGAGGGCAGGGGUGGGCUUGGCUCAGAGAUGUGUGUUCCGUGUCUAGGCAGACCACGGUGCUACACAAUGGUAUCAGUAUGUCACUGAGUUUUAGACAUGUUACAGUUUUAACUUGUAUUUCUGUAUUUUUCUCAAGUGGAAUAAAAUUUCUUCUGUGAAGGAAA